AUGGCACACAACAGGCAGCGAGAAGGGAUGGCUUACUCGCGAUCGACUGAUGUCCAUCGCGUACCAGCGGGUCCUGACACAGAUACUCCAUCACCGGGGGCAUCUGUACCAGGAUCCGACGACACGCAAUGCACAUCAGCCUACGACGCAGCUGAUACCGCACUCUCACAGUAUUCACAAGAGCUAGUUAGGUUAGGAUCCUUUUCUUCGUGGCCGGUGGAUCAUUCAAUAGAGCCGAGGACAUUAGCAAAAGCCGGUUUAUAUUAUAGUGGAGAGAGUGAUGUGGUAGUAUGCUUCAGUUGCCAUGGGCAGUUAGGUGGCUGGAAUGAUAGAGAGUCACCCACGGAAAGGCAUUAUCGAGAGCACAAAGACUGCGCCUUUGCCAGAGAACUUUUCGAAAAAGAGAGGGAAAGUAAAAAAUCGUUUGACUGUGCCGAUUCAUUGAUACGACUGCCCGAGAACCUUCAUUGUACCGACUCUUCAUUGUCACCUUUUCAAAGAGAAAGCGUUUCUCCAUCAUCAAUAGAUGACAAAAAGAAGCAUGAAUUCAUACGCACGGAUACGUUUUGUGAGAAUUCCCGUAACAUGUCGAUGCAAUAUGUGCGGGGAAGGGCAAACGAUGCUGACCACGUGCUGCCGUCUUCUGGCACAUCAAAACAAGGCUACUAUAACGCCUCUUUCAUACAAACUAAUAACAUGUCAGGUCAGAAAACAUGGACAGGUGCGGGUUCAGUUUCUGUUCAAAUUUGUGGCCCAAAUUGUCCCAAAGAUUUGAACACUGAAAUUCACCGAAUCCACACCUAUUUCGGAUGGCCAGAUAACGUCCCUGUCACCCCUGGAGAACUGGCUAAACUUGGCUUCUUCUACCUGGGUGUGAGGGACAAGGUGGAGUGCGCGUUUUGUGGAGGGGUGCUUCACCAGUGGGAGAGAGGUGACGACCCCGAGGUGGAGCACAGAAGGCACUACCCACACUGUCCCUUCAUGCGGAACUGCGCCACUUCAAAUGUGCCACUACUCGUAGGCUCCGAC